CUCCCGUCAGGUAGCGCCCGCUGGCUUGUCUCCGUCCCGGGGAAGCUUCUGAGACCCAAGGACUCGAGAGCCACGGUCACGACGGAGCCCCUGAGAGGGACACGGAGCGUUGGGAGCCGAGGACACUCCAAGUGCUGUCCCCGGGAGGCCGGCCGGGGGCGAAAGUCGCGGGGGAGGGAGUCUCGGGAGCGUCAUUCGGCAGUUCCGGGGGGGCCCAGGAAGCCCACGGCCUGGCUUGGGCCCCGUCACCGCCACCAGGCCACCAUGGUCCCCGGCUGGCUGCUGCUUCUGGCAAUGGCUCUGCCCCCGGGCGCCAGGGCCGCCAAGGACUGUGUGUUCUGUGAGCUGACCGACUCCACGCGGUGCCCCGGGUCCCACAUGCGCUGCGGCGAGGACGAGGACUGCUUCACCGGCCACGGGGUGGCCCCGGGGCUCGGCAACAUCAUCAACAAAGGCUGCGUGCAGUCCACUUCCUGCGGCCACGAGGAGCCCGUCACCUACAUGGGCGUCACCUACACCCUCACCACCACAUGCUGCUCCGGCCACCUGUGCAACAGCGCCACCAGCCCCGAGAGCAGCCAGAGGGCAGGGGCCAGCGCCGCCUCGGGCCUGGUGCUGGGCCCGCUGCUCUUCCCACGUCUGCUGUGACCGACCUGAAGGGCAGGGCCCGGGGCUGGUCUCCUCGCUGCUCCCCCAGCCCCCUGCCUCGCCCCUCCCCUCCAUUAAACGGCCCUGGACAACCUCGCGUGGCCCUGGCCUCAUCCAUUCUGGGGCUGUCCACCCUGAGCCCAGGCCUGAUUUAGUGGCGAGGAGCCACGCUCGGUGGGUUUGACUGUACCCCCUCCUGUAUUUCAUUGGUUCUAAGACGCAUCUCUCUUCUCCUGUUGAUCGGCAUGCUGCUUUUCCGCAGCGGCACCUUAGAGUCGAUGAAAUAUGGUAAAAAUAAAUAAAGAAAUAAAUAAUGACGAUAAUAAAU